UUUGAAGGGAAAGACGUAGCCAUUGUUGCUAGUUCCGGUUAGCUAAACUAAAGCUUGUUAUGUUGACACCGGGCUUUGUCAUCUCUGGCUCGAAGGCACAUAUUAUUCAAAAGAUACAAUGAUAUUAAUCACUGGUUUCUGAGGGUACUCAAGCUUCCUCCCACAUUCCAAAAGGUUCCGUAAAUUGAAGACUCGAAGUUGCCCAUCGGUGUUCAAUCAGCUACCCCUCUGCCCAUGAGAAAAGAGAUACUGCACGACCACCAGAGUCACCUCUGAUUUAAAGAUUUUAGAAUCAUGGCGACCUCAGAGGAGACGGAUCAACAAGGCUCUCCAGCCCAAACAUCAGCAGUUUUGGUUCCUGAUACAUUUCCUUCAGAUUUUACACAACAGCAGGGCAGAGCUCUAUCCUCUUCGGAGCACCCAACAACAGCAAAGCCAUUUUGGGCUCCUCUUGAAACGGAUGCCCCGGUCACAUUAGCUUCAAACAACAACAACAACGAUGAGGUCCACAUUUGCCAGCUUUGUAGCAGCUGGUAUGAGACACGUAAAGGUCUGUGCAGUCAUGCUCGCUCCCAUCUGCAACAGAUGGGAAUCCCUGACAUUGACAUCAAGGGCGACCCAAUUGACUUCCUAUACCAGAUCAUGAAUGACCAAGACCUCAAGUCCACCAGGAAGCAGCAACAGGAGCCUUUACCCACAAACAGUCGGCUCGGGACUCCCACGAAACGUCCCUCAGGGCUGUCCCCUCCACCCACAUCUCCUCCCUGUAAACGGCCAAAGCCCCCUGAGGAGUUCACUUGUAUUCUUUGCGGGGAGGUAUGUAAAAAUCGGAAAGGCCUGGCUAGCCACUCACGGUCUCACCUGCGACAAAUUGGGGUUCUUGACCUGCUGGGCAAGGAUGAGUCCGCUAUCGAUACUGUACAAGAAUUGGUGAGCAGUGGCGUGUUGGAAGCCGCACGCCCCCUAAAAAUGAACAGCAUCACCAACUCCUUCGCAGCACCCACUUCAGCACCGACCUCUCCUCUGGCCUCCCAGCCUCUGUCCCCUGUCACAGGGCAAUCCAGGCCAUCUUUUCCCUCCACUUCAUCAAGCCUUGCAAAGUCUCCUCAGAGCCCAGUGAACCGGGCCCCAAAGGCUAAGAAAGGCUUUCGUCUGGCAGUGGACCCCCUCCUCAGAAUGCCCAAGCCUGAGCCGUUGGAGGUUGAUGUGUCUGUAGUGAGCGGAGCCAGCUCAAGCAGUGCAAGUACUCCCCCACUGAAUUUAUCUGCCCCUGCAACUCCUUCCAAGGCUCUCAGUGCAGAUGAACUCGCGCCACCCACGGUCCUUUGUGACUACUGCGGUCAGCUUUUCGAGACUCGCAAAGCGCUGUCGUGCCACGCCCGCGCCCAUCUGCGCCAGCUUGGCCUCACCUGGUCCAUCAAGACGUCGCCGAUUGAUCUCCUCAAUGACAUUAUGAUGCGCGGUGACGACAGGUUUUUGUCCGAGGUGUCAUCAUCCGGGAAAAUUCAGGGUAGUCCUCAAGGUUCCAAAAGGACAUCAGAGACAUCCCACCAGGCGAUCUCCAACCUGUGCUCCUCACCUCUGGAUUAUUCAAUGAAAGACAAAUCUCCAUCUUACAAGAGUGAGACAUUGACCUGGGGCAAAUCCUGUGAGCUUUGUGGCUACACGUUUGAAAACCGCAAGGCGCUAGCCAGUCACGCACGGGCUCACCUUCGCCAACUGGGCGUGCUUGAAUGGAAAUCGGAAGGGGCCACCUCACCGAUUGAACACCUAAGGGAGUUGAUACGGAAGGACCCGGUUAAGGUGGCCGCUGUCACCCGUCGCUAUCGCGAGGGAGACCUCAACAUCAAGAAGAAAAUUGUUUCACUAUCCACUUUGUCGGAUUCUGAAUCGUUGCCCGGCAACAACCUGAAGUUUGCAGGACAUAAAUUGGGCAAAGAUGACCAGGGUGUCUCUGCUGGUUCAUCCAAACAAACACAAGGGCACAUACACUCUGUGGCAGUGUGUGGCAGUACUGGCGUGCGCUCUCCAAGAGCAUUGGCGCUUCCAAAACAAAUUUCACGAACAGGAGAAGAAAACCAAGACACCAACUUGCAGCAACCAUCACGAACUGGAAGCAUCCCGGCUCUGCUGCCCAAACCUCCAUUAACUCCAUUGGUCAAACUGGUCGGAAAAGUUUACUCACUCAAGUGCAGGUUCUGUGAAAAAGUAUUUCAUGGGCCUCUGUCUGUCCAAGAGCAGUGGAUCACACACCUGCAAAAACACAUCCUGUCGCUAGGCUACCAAGGUCAAGAGUCUCCCCCUGCUGCUCCAGUGGCUCCUCCUGGUCUCAUCCAUCCUGUGGCCGUGUAGUUUGAAGAGUUCUAACUCUGAAACAUGCACAUGUAUGGGUGAAUGUAUUUAUUUGAGGUUAUGCUACUUUCACGCUCUGGCACAAUGCUUUUUAAGUGAUCUGUAUUGUUCCAAUUUUUGUGUUGUGUGUGUGUGUGUGUGUGUGUGUGUGUGUGUGUGUGUGUGUGUGUGUGUGUGUGUGUGUGUUGUGGGGGGGUGGAAGAUUGUGCAACUUCGUUAGGGACCAAACCUCAUGUUAUGUUUCCCAUGCCCACAAACUGUACCUUAAAGUGUAUAAUUCUUGUGUAUACACCUUUUACUGUAUUUUAUACACCAUUUUCACUGGGACAAAAGUUACAUUGUACGUGUUUUAACGCAAUAUUGAAGAACACAUCAUAAUGGAUUAUUGGUGACUUUUGAGAGUCUCUCAGAAAUGUGAUUUUCUAUCCUUGUGAUUGUCUGCAGGCAUGUGGUUGUUUUGCGCAGUCUUUUUACCUAUUUUUAUUUACAUAAAAUUCUGUCUUGUUUA